CCAAUUUCCUUCUCUUUUCCUUCCUUCUUUGCUUCCGUCCUCGAUUAUCUAUCAAACGACUGCGCCAUCGUACCCCACAAUGGAGUCCAGGAACCUCGACCACAGGCGUAACAACUUCAAGGGAAAGACCCAGUUCUCAGCACAAGAGCUCCGUCGCCGAAGGGAGGAACAGCAGGUUGAAAUCCGUCGUCAAAAGCGAGAAGAAAACCUUGCCAAGCGACGAAACCUUCAAUCUGUCAUUACCGACGAAGGCAUCGAAUCCGACGAUGAGGCUUCCAUGGAUUCUACAGCCCUUGGUGAUGUCCUUCCUGGAAUGCUUCAAGCUGUUUACAGCGAGGAUGCCAAUGCCCAGCUGGAUGCUACCAUGAAGUUCAGAAAACUUCUUUCAAAGGAAAAAAAUCCACCGAUUGACAAAGUCAUUCAAUGCGGCGUCGUGCCCCGAUUCGUCGAGUUUUUAUCCAGCACUAACUCAAUGCUCCAAUUUGAGGCUGCUUGGGCUUUGACCAACAUCGCCUCUGGAACUUCUGAACACACUCAAGUAGUUAUUGGUGCAGGCGCUGUACCGCACUUCAUCGCCCUCCUUUCUUCCAGUGUUCUCGAUGUGAGGGAGCAAGCGGUUUGGGCUCUUGGUAACAUUGCGGGUGACUCUCCUAAAUGUCGAGAUUACGUUCUUGGGGAGGGUGCUCUUCAGCCUUUGCUUGGCCUCCUCAACGAGAACCACAAGCUGUCGAUGAUUAGGAACGCCACUUGGACUCUGAGUAAUUUCUGUCGAGGCAAGAAUCCCCAGCCCGAAUGGGAGCUCAUUUCGCCUGCCCUCACUGUUCUUACCAAGCUCAUCUACUCUCUCGAUGAUGAGGUUCUAAUUGAUGCUUGUUGGGCCAUUUCGUAUCUUUCAGACGGCUCCAACGAUAAGAUACAGGCUGUUAUCGAAAGCGGCGUUUGCAGGCGAUUAGUGGACCUCCUCAUGCAUCCUUCUACCGCGGUCCAAACUCCUGCUCUCCGAUCUGUCGGCAACAUUGUCACUGGUGACGACCUCCAAACUCAGGUCGUCAUCUCUUCCGGUGCGCUUCCCGCUCUUUUGAGCUUGUUAUCUUCUCCCAAAGAAGGCAUCAGGAAAGAGGCUUGUUGGACAAUCUCCAACAUCACCGCGGGUUCUCCCAUGCAGAUCCAAGCCAUCAUCGAUGCUAACAUUGUCCCUCCCCUCAUCAACAUCCUCGCCAACGCUGAUUUCAAAACCAAGAAGGAAGCAUGUUGGGCCAUCUCCAAUGCCACUUCUGGUGGUCUCCAGGAACCUAACCAAAUCCGAUACCUCGUCUCUCAGGGUUGCAUCAAGCCCAUGUGUGACCUUCUUACUUCUAUGGACAACAAAAUAAUUCAAGUUGCCCUUGACGGUCUUGAGAACAUCCUCAAGGUUGGAGAGGUUGAUAAGGAUGCGGCGGGUCCCGGUGGCGUGAACAAGUAUGCGCAGUACAUUGAAGAGGCUGGCGGUAUGGUUGCUAUUCACAACUUGCAACAUCAUGAGAACUUGGAAAUCUACAAAAAAUGCUUCUACAUCAUGGACAAGUUCUUCCCCGAUGAGGAAGAGGAGGAAGCUGAUGCCGCCGCCCCUGCCGUCGACGCUUCUGGCCAGUACGCUUUCCAAUCCGAUGUUGCUGCUCCCCAGGGUGGCUUCAACUUCGGCGGCCAGUAGAGCCAAGCCCCUUCACCUUCUCUCGAGCCCGAGGAUUUACACCCGCACUAUAUUCCUCACUUUUUCGGCUCUUGAAACAUGUACACCGACUUCAAGUUUCCUAUUCAUUUUUUUACAUUCACUGCUACCGAUGGGCCUCUUCUUCGUGACCAUCUUUUUAUCAUCUUAGCGAGCUUCACGUAAUUUCCGCGGAUUGUGAGAUUCAAGGAACGUUUGCCACCCUUUUUGCGGGUUCCUCCCAGCAUACCAUCAUUAUCUUCUUUUUGCCAAACAUUCGUAAGCGAGGGGCAACUGCUUUAUUCAGACCCUUCAUUUAUGCGCUUCCUCCAUUCCCCGUUCACCCAUGACAGUCACAUACAAGAACCAAGUUUUCAUUAGCAUCGUUUCUAUCUCGUACUUUCAUUGGCUAUGGUUUUCGUUAGACUAGUUAAGACGUGCAAGCAGCCUUCUUACAAUUGUCUUUUUCACGCUUUUUUUUUCAAAAAAAUUUAUAAACAAAAACCUCUUUCGUAUACUAAUCAUGGUACGAAAUUGGCGGAUCUUUUAUUUAUGCUUCUGCGAUCGAAGAAGACGUGAGUCUUCGUGGGGCUUAUUUUCCUGGGAAAUAUUUUACAGUGUGUACCUCCUUAUGUAGUAGGGCUAUGGGGUGGCAAGGAAAGAGAGAAGGGAGGGGGCAAUUGAUAUUCAAGCUUCGUUUGAUAGGCGAGGGAAUGAACAGAGCACUUGA